GUGAUUCCGCCGGUCGCGCGCGUCCCGCGUGCACGCGAUCAGAAGCGCGAUCAAACGUCGAAGGACUCGGACACAUCUCAAUCAAACUCGAUCAAACUCGAUCAACUCAAACUUUCUACCGAAUGAAAGUCACACGAAUGAGAAUAUUGAACACGGAGAUUUCCGCAGAGAACACCGAUCAACGGUUCAAGUUAAUGAGUUCUCCCAGUCUGAGUGAUUUGGGUCGAUCAGCAGCGCCGCUGGACGACAGAAACAGUCAACAUCACGGAGCUGGAACUAACGCUACCUGGAACAGUAUCCACAAUGCCGUGAUCGCGGUGUUCCAGCGGAGGGAUCUGGGAGAGAAUGAGCUGUACACACUGAAUGAAGGGGUCCGACAGCUGCUGAAGACAGAGUUGGGCUCCUUCUUCACAGAGUAUCUGCAGAAUCAGCUGUUGACGAAGGGAAUGGUGAUUCUACGAGAUAAGAUUCGCUUUUAUGAAGGUCAGAAGCUUCUGGACUCUCUGUCAGAGACUUGGGAUUAUUUCUUCUGUGAUGUUCUGUCCACACUGCAAGCGAUCUUCUACCCCGUACAGGGGAAGGAGCCGUCUGUCAGGCAGUUAGCUCUUCUGCACUUCAGGAACAUCAUUACUCUCAAUAUAAAACUGGAUGAAGCUUUGAGUCGCCCACGCGCUCGUGUGCCGCCGUCAAUCAUUCAGAUGCUGCUCAUCCUGCAGGGUGUUCAUGAGUGUAAGAGUGUGUCGAGUGAUUAUCUGAAGCUGGAGUCUCUCAUUCAGAAGGUGGUGUCACCGUAUUUGGGAACACACGGUCUAUUCUCCAGCGACGGGUCCAUCACGCAGUGCUCAUGUGUUCUCGAGAAACGGCUGCUGCGGCGGUGGCCGCGAUCCAGCGACUCGCCAGCCAAGUAUCCCGUGGUUCGCUCCAAAAGCUACAACUUCCCCAUGCUGACGCCCGUAGACGAAUACGAUUCUGACGGCAGUGUGGGAAUCCGCCGGCAUUCCGUAUGCCAGAUGACUUCCUGUCUGGAAGAGCCCGCUUUCUCAGAGGUGCCGUCCAGCCCACCGACGGACGCAACCUCGCAGGUGAAGAGUUGUGAAGAUGCGGCCGCUGCUGCGUGUUCUCCACCCAUAUUCCCCGAGCUUUCCUGCGAUAGUGGCCGGGACGCGUCACCCCCCCACCACAGUCGUCCCUCCAGUCCAGAGAUCGUCCUGGAUCAGAUUCUGGAAUCUCUGGACUCGGACCAGGAGGGAAUCUUUAUCGACUUUUGCCGGCAGCGGUCUAGCACGUCUGAGUUCAGCCGCGAGAGUGUAGCGUAGUUUUAAUUCACAUCAAUGCAGCACUCACACUUCACUCUUCUCUGACCUCUGACCUGUGUUCAGAAUAGUGUGCGUCCAGACUCGUGCUCCAGGACACUAGAGGAGGCGGCACUAUUAGUGAGGUGAUGACUGGACGCCUCUCACUGAAUUAAACAUGCUGUGAGGGUUGUGCAGGGGUCAGAUUACGGCCCAUUUCAUGUCUGUCUUUCAUGGUUUUAAUCUUUUAUUGUAAUUUAAGACAUUCUAAUGGAUCAAAGUAUGAACUCAAAUAUAAACUUUACAUUGAUUGAAUUAAUAAGAAAUAAUCUCACAUGCAGUCAGUAUAAAUAAUGCCUAAAUGAGUGUUUUACAUUUUUAAACUUUUCACAAUCAUGGAUAAUGUUUAGACUAAUCAAACUUCCUAUAGUUUACUAAUCAGAUCUCUGUUCAUUUGCAUACAUUAAAUGUGCAGUUCAACACGUUUGUCAGUUUUUACUUCUGCAUUUGAACUUGAUAAAUCAUGAGAUGGUUUAAAAUGUUUAUUUUGUUAUUA